AUGAAUUACAAUAUGGAUGAGCUGGAGGCCACCAGGCUACUUCGACAUCCCCGACGAUGGUGGAGCAAUGGUUUCAGCAAACGAAUUUUGGCCAUCUCGGUUCUGGUUAUCAUCGUUCUGCUUUUCUCCCUGAUUUAUCAUGGACUUGUGGUCGAGAGAAUUGAUCGCGUCCAGCAGAUUGCCGCAUUAAAUGCCAGGCAUCAACUACUUUUCAACCAGCCCUUCGAAGAGGAUCAGUCUGCUUUGAUUGUGAGUCCUCAAACUUUGCAUUUUAAACUGCUUGACGAUGAUAAGAAUAAAGCGAUGGAUGAAAGCAAAAAUAUAAGAAGGAAGCACUUGAAGCGUAUGCUAGUUAAGUUCCGAUUGCAAAAGAAACAUCGCACACGUCGGGAGUUGUCUAGUUGGAAAAUGCUAGAUCCUAUCCAAAUGGAAGCCAAUCUGCAGAAUCUGUACUCCAAGCUGAGGAACAAAAGGGCGAGGGAAGCUCUUAACCAACUGGAGCAUGAGUAUGUGCGCUGCAAGAAACAGACUCCCCAUGAUUGCAUGUCCGCUUUUUUGCGCAUGUACAAAAUGGCCAUGGAGGUGACCGAGAAAAUGGAGAAGAUGAAGGCUAUUAUGCGGGAGCAGCAACCAAAUUUGGAGUCAAGCAGCCGGGAAUCUUACGAACAAUGGGGUAAAUUUUCUUCAGGAGAUUUAACCCAAGAGACAACCAUAGCAACAACUACGGCAGAGGAAAAUGCCACUGAAAAACCAGUGCGAACCAAAAUUAAACCUUCCAGGAUCAGCUGGAUCAUCGAUGGACACGAUCAUGAUGAGAGCGGAGUUUACACAGAUGAUCACGUCCAGCAGAAAACUACAACCAAGGAUCUAGUUUACACCACUCAAGUUGUGAACAAUACGAGGCCAGAGGUAGAAGAAACCACCAGCGAAUGGUUAAGUGUUGGGAGCACAACAGAGAGGAUAAGUUGGAUUCUAGAUCACUUUGACAAGCCCAAAGAAAUUGUGCGAACGACUGAAGGACCAGGGUAUCGAACAACUAGAAAUGUAACCUCCCCCAGAGCAUCUACUAAGCCUACUUUGAUAUCAGAAACUACGAAUAGUGAUUUUGUUGGUACCACAGAAAAAGGUUUAGAACUGAAUAUAACUACAGAUGCAUCAAUUGAAACCAGUCAUACCACCGCUCAGCGAAAACUAUCAUUCGACUGGAUUAUCGAUGGAGAGGAAAAUGAGGAGCCACAAGAAAAGACCAGCAACACUAAAACAACGACUGCCACUGUCCCCACAACCGAAAUCACCAGUGCUACCACAGAGCAGCCUAAACUACACUUCGAUUGGAUAAUUGACGGUCGUGAUGUAGUAGAGCCGCAGGCAAACUCGAAUACCACCUUGCCAGAGAGCACCACCGAGGCCACAGGUACCACCCCAGGGCAACGAAAACUGCAGUUCGAUUGGAUAAUUGAUGGAGAGGAAGUUGUAGAGCCGCAGGAAAACUCACUCACCACCACCACCGCAACAACAGUGACAAUCAGGACAACUGUAGCCAGCGAUGUGCUGGAGAACUCCACUGCCCAUCCCACCAAGCCACAACCGGUGAAGAUCAGCUGGAUUAUCGAUGGCGAGGAGGCCAGCAGAGAGGCUAGCAGCAGCUCUACUAUCCAACCAAAGUUAACUACCAGGGAGGCGAUCAGCGAUGCGGGAACUCCACGAUCCUCGCAUCCUCUAGACAACCCGAGCAGCAUCGAAAACAUGCUGGAAAGUUUUGAGCGUCACGAAGAGAAAAAGCCUAUUCUCAGGGUACUGACUGGGAAUGAAUCCUCUGAACAAACCACCACUGAUCUAUACGAGCGCCAGGUCUGGCUGAAAAAGUUUGAGGAACAGGCUAAUCCAAAUCAAAACGAACUCAUGGAUACAUUUGGAACAGUUUUAGACGCCAAGGCGUUGGACAAAAUGGGACCUAAGAUCAACCCACUUAAUAGACACACAUGGAAUGCUGCCGAUACCCAGAUCCUCAGCCUGUGCGAACGAGUGGCCCUUAAGAUGCGCAAUAAGGUGGCACCCUUGGCAGAGGCUGAGACCAAGGAGAAGGGCGAAACCAUUACGGCCUCGCCCAGUAUGCAGUUUACAAGUCGAGCUCCUGGCGGAUUCCCCGUAUCAGGGGAAACGAUGAAGGCCUCGGCUCAGUUCAUGUUCAACCCCAACUUCGGGAUGCCCAGCAUACCGGUGUGCUUCUACAUGACGCCUGCCAACUUCCGUAUGCCCAUGUGGUCGAAUUCGCCCUCGUUUAUGGGAAUGCAGGGUGCUCACUUUGGUGGCUCCUCAAACCCUGGCGGUGGCAUAUUUUUUGUCCCACAACAAUUUGGACCAAGUGGUAACUUUUUCGGAGGGAGUGGUGGAUCUGGAGCCGGUGGUCAGGGUGCCAAUAUCUUCUCGAAGAACGCCUCACCCCAGAAGCCGUCCAAUGGUCAGCAGCAGCAGGUUUACUGCAGCUACAUGCAGAAUCAACCGGGUCAAGGAGCAGGACAACCCCAGACUUCGAAUCAACAGCAACAGAGUGGUCAGACAAACUUUUCCAAUGCCAACUUCAAGAUGAGGCAUGCCAAUCAGUCGAGCUCUGCCCAUCAGCAGGGUCAGGUUAUCUACGCCAGCUAUGCAGGAUUGCCGCAUCAACCAAUCUUAGAGCGAUCCAGAUGCCCGGACCCGGAGCAGUUAUCCUGCUUCGGUCAGCAGGAGUGUAUCGCCGCCUCGAGGUGGUGCGACAAUGUGGUGGACUGUUCGGAUGGCAGCGAUGAGUCCGCCUGCACCUGCGCAGAUCGCGUGGACGAAGAGCGUCUUUGCGAUGGUUAUGCGGAUUGCCCAAUGGGUGAGGACGAGCUGGGCUGCUUUGGCUGCGAGCCGCUGGCUUAUUCCUGUUACGAAAAUCCAGAGGAGUUUGCCAAACAUAAUCACUCUACAAUUUCCAUGUGCUACAAUCGGCUGGAGCGCUGUGACGGGUACAUGAAUUGUCUCAAUGGACGCGAUGAGCAGCAGUGCAGCAUGUUGGUCACUGAUGUGGCAGAUCACAUGUCUCACGCUGCAUCUGCUUCUGAAGGAUUUCUGUACCACAACUACCGCGGCGAUUGGCACCCUGUGUGCAAUAAUGGCGAUAAAUGGGCGGCUUCAGCCUGUGAGCUGGAUGGCAAAACUGGAACGGAUCUGCCAGCUUCGCUAAAUGUCAGCUUCUCGGCCAUGAGUUUACCUGGUCCUUUUAUUGAACCCUCACUUCACGCCGGAGUCCUCUUUGCGCAGGCCUGUCAUGGACGCAAUGGACAAGAUUCCCUGGUGGAUCAUAUGGCCUAUGUAAAGUGCCCACCAAUGAAGUGUGGUAUGCCACACAAAACCACGAAACCGGAGCACUCAAAAAAAGUGAAAAAAGCAGUAUCGGAGUCAAAGGAGAUCGUUGGCGAUGGACGUAUUGUGGGCGGAAGUUAUCCAAACGCCCUUCAGUGGCCAUUUAUAGUGGCUAUUUACCGAGAUGGCAAGUUUCAUUGUGGGGGAACCAUCUACUCGGAUCGUUGGAUCAUCAGCGCUGCCCACUGUGUCAUCAACUUUGGAAAGUAUUACUACGAGGUGCGUGCUGGUCUCCUGCGUCGUACCAGCUACUCACCCGCCACCCAGAUCCAGCCCGUAACCCAUGUCGUGGUCCAUCAGGCCUACGAAAGGAGGAGUAUGCGCAACGAUCUUUCUCUGCUGCGUCUAGCAAAUCGGCUGCAUUUUAAUCGCUGGGUGAAGCCUAUCUGUUUGCCAGACAUGGGAAGAACCACGAUGGGCAAGGAUUGGAUCUGGGGACCUGAAGAGAACACUUUGUGCACGGUGGUGGGAUGGGGAGCCAUUAGGGAAAAGGGUCCGAGCAGUGAUCCCAUGCGACAGGUAGUAGUACCUAUUCGCAAACGUUGUGUUGAGCCAGAGGACCAAGCUUCAGAGGAUAUUUGCGCCGGCGAUCCGAACGGAGGUCGCGAUGCCUGCCAAGGUGAUUCGGGUGGCCCGCUCUUCUGCCGCAGCGUUUCUCAGCCAGAGGAAUUCUAUCUGGCCGGGGUGGUGAGCCACGGCAACGGAUGUGCUCGUCCCCAGGAGUUCGGAGUCUAUACGAGGGCUGCUCUCUACUUGGACUGGCUGGAAAUGGCGGUUACUCCGCGUCUGUUGCCCACUCGACAGCCGCUCCAACUCUGUCCGGGAUUCAUCUGCGUCUGGGGCGGUAAACGGUGUAUAGCUAAACGACAGAGGUGCGAUCGCAAUGUUGAUUGCCUGGGUGGCGAGGAUGAGGUGGGAUGUGUCUACAACUUCAUACCAGAUAUGGUCGGUGGCGUUCGACAGAAUGUCAGCACCACAACCGAGAGUGACUAUCAUCCAGUAAAGGAACACAAGGAGGAGCUGGCGGAGAGUAAAUUGCGAGAGGUUAUUCCCAUUAAAGAUUAUGAUUUAUGGGCUGAACAGAAUGAGGAAGGCGACUGGGAGAGCACUACUGCUUUUGAGGAAAAUAAAACCACCCAAUGGCAAACGGAUUUACCUUUAACUGACGAAACUUCCUCAACUACUUCUGCUGAUUUAUCAACACAGGGAGAGACCACAGAAAGUUAUACAGAGAUUGCUUCAACAAACCCUUCAUCUAUUUUGUCUUCCACAAAUGCACAAACAACCAUUUCAUCUACAAUAAGUGAUUCAUAUCCUAGUACAACGGAAUCUAUAUUGGAGACAACAUCAACUUUGCCAGUAACUUUACCAAGUACAAUAGCUCCAACUACAACAAUACCCACAUCAACUGAGGAUUUAAUAAAGCUAACCGAUUUGGUAACUAAGUUUAUUGAGAGUACAACUCUUGGAACCACCAAGGCGGUAGAGACGAGUACUGCAUCUCUAACCACAACAGAAGCUGCCACAACAGUUACUACGGAGGGAGUUAAGGGAACUACAGACACAGAAUUCACAACCACAAUUAGCACAAGUACCAGCUUUACCGUCUCGCCUCUAACCACAAUCACUACUACCGUAACUACUAAAAACCCUGUAGAAACCACAUCUUUAGCACCAACUACCAGCACUCAUUCUGUUCAGACAACCACCACAAAGAGUAGCAGCACUCAUUCUCAAAAGAAUCAAAUGCAAAUUCCCAAUAAAUUCGUCUGUAAAAUAAUGUCUCAAAUUGUGGAUAUUAUGAUGCGUUGUGACCGCAAAGUGGACUGUGAAGAUGGAACUGAUGAACUGGAUUGCACAUGCAGGGACUUUUUGAAGGGAAGUCUGAAGGGCCUCAUUUGCGACGGCAAGGCAGAUUGCGAGGACCUCACCGAUGAGCAGGAUUGCGUGGAUUGUCAAGCUCACGAGUUCCGUUGUCCGUUGUCCAAGACUUGUCUGCCCCUAAGCAAACGCUGCGAUAAUAAAGUGGAUUGUAAGUUCAAGGAAGAUGAAAAAGAUUGCUUUGCCCUGACCAAUGGUCAUGAUGUUCACUUCGAUGUGCAUCAGCAGCCUAAGUUUAGCAGUACCGGUAUCUUCUCCAGAAAUGCUCAUGGCGUGUGGCGGGUUGUUUGCACCCAUGAGACGGGCUAUCAUCAGCAUCAGGCCAAUACGGCAGACGCCGUGUGCGCUCUACUUGGCUUCAAGGGUGCCCACAACUUCAACAGCUCGGAAUUUGUAAGCCAGCAAGAAAUGCAUCCCAUUACACCUGAGCUAAAAGCAGGCAAGACUGGCAUGGUGGCUCAACUUCGAUCCAUGAUCGGUGACAAUAUCCAGUUUACGGAUAACGAGGUCAUAAUCCCUGAGCUUGGUCCACCGUCCGCCUCAAGACCGGAUAAGGAUCGAUUAUUGCCCCGCAAGUGUUUGGGCAUCUACGUGGAGUGCAAUCCCCUAUCUAACAAAACCACACCCCUAAAGACCUUUAGUGCUGGUCAAGCUGUAAAGCAAAAGCCAAAGGAGCAGGUUCCAGUGCUCCUUCCAACUAUUGAAACCCACAACAAGCCAAAUGUGCACUUCAAGCCACAGAUCCCACCUGUAGUUGUGAACAAAAAGGAUGAGAUCCUGGAUCGGUUGGAUAAUCUAAUCAAGAGUAAGAAGAACAAAACCAUACUGGUGAAUGAGCAGCUCCACGAAGCCAUCGAGGAGUUGCACUGGCCUUGGCUUGCGGAUGUCUAUUCAAAUGGUGAUCUCUGGUGCAUCGGAGUCCUGAUAGAUAAGGCCUCUGUCCUGGUCCACGAGAGCUGUCUAUUUGGGAUUGGCUUGAAUAGCCACUACCUAAGCGUCUUGUUGGGCGGUGGCAAAACCAAGAGAUCGGCCCACAAGAGCAAUCACGAACAGAUCCGGCGGGUAAACUGUUUUCAGCCAGUUCCGAAGUCCGAUGUGCUGCUGUUGCAUCUCGAGAAUCCUGUUCGUUUUACCCAUCAUGUGCUGCCUACUUUUCUGCCUGACAGCUCUCAUUACAACCAAAGUCCUACGAGGGACUGCAUAAGUGUGCUUCAUGACAAUGCCACGGGUCGCAUAAAAACGGUGGCCAUAACCCGCAUAGACAACGAUGUAAACUGCAAUUCCUGCUACAAACUGCAGGAAAAGCAGCCGCCGGCCAAUCUAAUGCGCCUGCUGAAUGUGAGUGCCGAGGACAUGGCAUCAAUUUCAGAGGAGGUGGAACUUAUUAACGGCGUGGCGCCCACAGAGCUGCCGGCAAUUACAAAAUUCACAAGCUGCAAUCAAUUUGGCCUGAAAAAUGUUAGCGACUCGCAUCACAAUCCCAGCGACCAGGGGAUACUGGUAUGCCGUGAUUCCCACACCGGCUGGUUCCCAACUGCCAUGUUUAACUACAACAACUCUGAUUGCCAAAGUUUUAGGCAGCCCUUUAGCAUAAGGACCCUCGAAAUGGCAUAUAAUUCGCUGCAGAGUAUUAUAGACAAACCCAGCUGCAAAAUCCUGCAGCCAGCUCUGGAAUGCAACACUCAUCGUUGCCCGCUGGGCAAUUGUUUGCCGCAAACAGCCAUUUGCAAUGAGCGAUUCGAUUGUCAUGAUGGCAGCGAUGAAGAUGAAACCAAAUGCCGCCAGCAGAAGCAGCGAUGUGCACCCGGCGAAAUGAAGUGUCGUACCAGUUUCAAAUGUGUUCCGAAGAACAAGUUUUGUGACCACGUGUCUGACUGCGAGGACAUGACGGAUGAACCAACCAUCUGCAGUUGUUUCACCUAUUUGCAAGCUACUGAUCCCUCAAAAAUAUGUGAUGGCAAGCGAAACUGUUGGGACAAAAGUGAUGAGAGUUCAGUCCUGUGCAAUUGCACUGCAGAUCAUUUCCAAUGCAGCUCCUCUCCUGAGGAUUGCAUUCCUCGGGAUUUUGUGUGCGACAGAGAGAAAGAUUGCCCUAAUGGCGAAGAUGAGCGAUAUUGUUUUGGAAUAGAGCACCCGCUGGAUCAGCAGAAGAAGGAUUUCUGGGCCAAAAGUCAGCACACGCAACCAGAGAUAGCUCCCCAAUACGGUCAGGUUAUUGAACAGACCUAUGGCAUCUGGCACACGAAAUGCUUCCCCAAAAGCAAACCCCCACAAAUGGAUGAAGUGCGCGAAAUAUGUAAAAAGUUAGGCUACAACCCGUAUAGACAGCCCAGCUAUCGGUUAAUUGACGAUAUGGAGAACAAACCCGUCCACACCUACGAGUUGGCGGAUCGACAGGGACGCAGUUUUAGUAAUGAGACGCUGGUGGGAAAAUACCGCGACUCCACAAAGGCUCUGAUUAUCAGCAAAUUCUCGCCACUGCAACUCAACGAGCGUCUUACGCUUUUCCUGAAGUCCAGCAGACCAAUUGCCGAAUUGGUUAAGUGGAAUGCCACGGAUUCCAGCAUGUGCUACAGGCUGGAGAUCAGAUGUGCCUAAUGCUUGAUGAUAUAUACUUGGUAAGAGGUCCCUCCGUACUCUCGUGAAUGUCGUUUUGUGCGUUUUAGUA